GUCGACAUCAACGACAACAGCACGAAAGAAAUCUAUUAAUCAACAAGAUCAUACGCAGAUAGAACAGCCAGUUGCAUCAAAGUCUCAGAUCAACAGGUCACCCUUGCAGACCCAAUCUGUCUAUCAGAGAUGUUUACUCCUGAGAUCAAGAUUAUUGAGAGUUGAAGGUUUUAGUAUGUUUUUAGAUAGCGUACACUCUACUAAUUGCGUUAAUCUUCUCUGGGAGUGCUUUAAACUGGGAAAUUCGCUCUGCCAUCUUUUCAAUCAGCUUGGGCUCGAGCAACAGUUGGAAGUUUCAGACAAUUACGACAUAAAUAAGCAAUCAAUUUGUAAGAAAGGUGUAGCCAGGUUUAUUAUCAGCUGUAAAUUACUGGGGGACACAACCACGGGCUGGACCAGUGAUGACCUCUUCACCGUCACAGACUUAUAUAAGCAAGACACCAGUGGAUUCAUUAGAGUUUUACAUACUGUUAACUUAGUACUCAAUGAAUUAGAUAAAAGAGGUAAAUUAAUUGAAGUUACGCCCACUCAAACCGACGACGCACCGAUCCUCCAAUCAACUAAUCAAUCGAGGGUUAAAAUCACUCAAGAGUUAAUCGAAUCAGAGAGAAAAUUUAUUAUGGACAUGGAAUUACUUCAAUCAUUCUCAAAUGAAAUUAGGCAAUCAAAUAUAUUCUCACAUGAUACACAUCAUUCCAUAUUCACUAACCUUCAUGCCCUUGUCGAUUUCCAAAGAAGAGUUCAAAUUAGUCUUGAAGAGGCUUUCGAAGUUGAUCAAUCCGGUGGUAUUGGUUUAUGGGGUAAAGCCUUCACCGAUCAUGAACAAGACUGGCUCGUUUAUGCCCCUUUUGUUAUUAACUACAAUCACGCUAAUCAAAUUGUCUUGGAACAAGCUGAUGCUAUCCAAAAUGGUACUCCUUCCGGACUUUCUCAUUAUGAAGUUCAAGCGUUACUUAUCAAGCCUACUCAACGUGUGUGUAAAUACCACAUGUUCCUUGAUGAAAUUAGAAGAAAGACUGACGAAGAAUCACCUUCGUAUUCAGAUUUAUCAAAUGGUUAUGACGCCAUGAAGAGAGUCACUGGUGAGAUCAAUGAACUUCAAAGACAAAAAGAGAACGUUGAGAAAUGUCAAAUUCUUGUCAAUAGAGUUGAAGACUGGAAGGGUCAUCAUAUUGGCUCAUUCGGUAAUUUGGUAAUAGAGGAUAUGUUUAACGUAAACAAGAAUCAAGUUGAUAGAGAAUAUCAUGUUUUCUUGUUUGAAAAGAUCCUCCUUUGUUGUAAGGAAGUACCAGAGAACAGAAAUCAAAAUGGCAGUGAUAAAGGUGGCAAGGAGAGGAAGCCAUCUAAAUCUAACAGUUUGCUCAAGAGAAAGGACAGUUCUUUCCAUCAAUUUGACCCUCUUCGCCGUAAUAUUCCUUUACAACUGAAAGGUAGAAUUUACCUCAACAACGUCACGCAUGUCAUUCCAUAUUUCAGAGACAUUCAACCUGGUUCACAUAACCUUGAAGUAUGGUGGAGAGGUGACGACGACCUUGAGUCUUUUACCUUAAAAUGUAGAACAAGUGAACAGCUUGAGUUAUGGAAAGCGGCAUUAGAUAAACAACUUGGUCAAGUCGCUAUCAGAAAGCAAGCAAUGGAAGAUGCCAUUGCUAGAGGUGAAAUGCCAUCAUCAGCUAGAAAACAGUCUGUUUCUUCAGCAGGCUCACACUCAUACUCAGCAUCUUCAAGAAGACCAUCUGGCCAACAAUCAUCACAAUGGCCUCAAACUCCUAUCUUGGACACUAAUUUGAUCUCACCAAUGAGUAAUGUUAGUAUGGAAGAUAAAAUACCAUCACCCAUCUAUCCAGCUAGCGCAAGACAACAGAGAGCAAAGACAGAAGAUUCAAAUGCUCACUCAUUCCAACAGUGGAAGUUGCAACAACAACAGCAAUUCCCACCAAGAUCAGUAUCACAACAGGGCUUAAACCUCUCAGCUGGCGCCGAACGUGCUUUAAGAAGUCAAUCGUCUAAAUCUGCAUUAAGACAGACACCAGUUGGUGCACCGCCUGUACCUUCAGUUAGUGCUGCUAUGGCUAAGGCUGGUAGUCUUGCUUCACCAAGCACUCAACCGCAGUUAUCUCCGCAUAAUAGAAAUAGAUCAUUAUCAUCACCAAAUACUUACACGCAACAAAAUCCAUUUGAUGAACAAAAUGUUUCUUCAAAUAGUUCGUUUGUUGGAUUAUCAAAUGCUCAUCAACAAAUGGUAGCAAAGCAGCAACAUAUGGCUCAACAGCAAGCACCUCAUGAGGAUGAGCUUCAUGAUGGUAGUAAAGUAAGCCUCGGUGCAGGCAGUUACUCUGAAGCACCAACCCAACGGUCAUGGGUUUCAAAGAGAUUCUCAGAAAGUUCAACAUUGACGAAUAGUUCACAAGAUUCUAGCGCAGGUGAUAAGAGAAAGGUUGCACCUAUUUCAACGUCAACAAAUUCAACAUCAUCUUCUUUAGCUAGUUCACCAAAUAAUGACAACCCACCUACUCCAACUACUUAUUCAAACGGUGGAUUAUUGAGUGAUAAAAUGAAAGUAAAAGUUAGGUACAAUGAGGACUUAUUCGUUCUGAAUUUACCACCGUCAAUUGAUCAUUCAUCACUUGUUACACAAAUUGCAAGGAAAGUUAGAUUGUGUACUGGAUUUAGAUCACAUUUACCGUACUCUGAUAAUCUAGUUACAAGUGCCAAUGAUACAGAUGAUGGACUUAUCACUUUUAAACUUAAAUGGAUCGAUGAAGAAGGUGAUCAGAUUUUGGUUUUAGGUGAUGAAGAUGUUGGAAUGGCUAUGGAUUGGGCUAAAAAUCAAGGUGGUGGUGCUGUUGAACUUAUAGUAACAUAAUUUUCUUUCAAGUAACGACCACUAGAUAAUUUAGUCAUCUUCUUUUAUUUCACGGUGAUUAAUUAUUACAUAACAACUUUUUAGUAAAACCUUCUUGGAUUUUAUUUGACUUUUUAGUUUUACAAUGCUCACACACUCAUUCUCUGGUUUUCACGUUCAUCACUUCAUUCAUUUGCUGCAUUAUCAAUCUGUUCAAGUUAACUUUUACUCUCGUUUGACUUUUUUCCUUUUCACAGAAUUUUGACAGUCUUACUUAUCAUUAUUGUUGUAUUAAAAAGAUUUAUAUGAUUAUAGU